UUCUGGCUGUCAGAAGAGUUUUUACAAUUAUUAUUUUUUUAAUCUUCACUUAGAAUUUCCAUUAUGGAGCAAAAGGAAAACGAUGUGAAGAGAGGGGUUGAGACCUUAGACAGGAAUUCCAUCAUUGCAAGAAACCUUUGGGGAGGCUUAGAAGAAGCGGUGACCAUACCCCCACGUGAGGAGGGGGCUUUGCUUCCGAGGGCAGAAGCACCUAUUGAGUUAGGAAGAGGAGGGGCAACAGGAGAAAAGGCAGUUACACCACCGGGAGAAAAGGAAUCCGUACUCUCAAAAGAAGCAAACGAAGUCACGAGAAAAGACCAAAUAACACAAACACAAAGCCAACAGGAGCUAUCAGUGGAAGAACUGUUUCAGCAGGUCCGAGAAAGAGAAAUAAAAUUAUUAUUGAGAGCUGGGUUUCCAGACGCCAAUAGCAAUGGACAAAGCCAAAGCUAUGCCGCAGAAAAACAG